AUGUUUAACACAUUUAAACCAACGUGUGUCAAGUUAUCUCAAUUGACAUUCAACGUUCCGAUUGAUCAAUGGAACCAUGAGGAAUUAUAUCUUCAAUUAGUGCAAUUAGAAAAUAAAUUAUCGGCUAAAUUGUUAUCUGCUGAAAAUACUUUACUUAAUGGUUCUGAUAAUGUAAAUAUCCCACCUAGUCUGGUUGACUAUAUUAUGAUACCGUUAGCAAAAAUUAUCAUCCAAUUUGAAUCACUAGAUGCUAAAAUUAUUACUAAGCUACUAGCAAUCCUAAACAAAUUUUGUAUUUAUUCAUGGAUAUACCCAAAUCAACUUAAUUUAAAGCUAGCUACAAAUAUCUUCCCCUUUGUCAAUUAUCUAUCGCAGUCUAUAAUUGAUAAAAAUAAAAAUAAUACCGAUACAUAUGCCCUUCGGCUUAUAGUAGAAACUUUUUCUAACUUUAUUCAAUCAAUUAAUAAUCAGAUAUAUGGCCCGCAUUUGUUUUCAAAUCAAUUUAACAAAAAUAGUGACAACAACAGUACCAACGAUAACACAAAAUAUAUUCUUUUAUCAAAUCUAUCUAAUUUGAUUGCUAUUCAAUUAGAUAUUCUAUCAAAUCACAAUGACAAGCUUUCUGACUCCUCGUUACAAUUACUAAUAAUUGCCAAUCUAAUAAAUCUGUAUCAAAAUAAUUUAAAUUUUGAUAAUGGUGAAACUUUAUCAAAUAUUCUACCUGGUAAUGUCUCUAACCUAAUUAAGUUUGUGAUUAAACCAAGAGUCAAUUACAAAUGUAUCAUUAAAUCAAUCGAUUUACUUGAAUUUUUGAUUGUAACAAUAUAUAGUGACACCACUUUAAAACAAAUUGAAACUGAUAAAGCUACGAAGAUUAAUCAUAGAGAUAAGAAAUGGUUAUUAGCCACAAGAGAACAGAUAAAGUUGGCUAUAAAUCAAUGUUUUCCGAUUUUAAUAGCGAGGAGAUGUAAUCCCUACAUCAAUUUAUCAAUUUGUAAAUUUAUUAAAUCAUGUUUUAGAUCAUGUUAUAAUUCUAUUGUAUCGAUAUGUCAGGAUGACUUGAUUAAAUAUUUAAUUCAAUGUAGAUUUGAUUCGUUUGACUCCAUUUAUUUAGAUGACCCACAAUUGAAGGACUCCAUUCAAGCUAAUAUACGUAAAUAUUUGACACAGUUGAUAUCUCAAAUAAAUACAAAUAUCAACCUGAAUCAAACAAAUAGUAUUGAGUUAAUUAAUUUUAUUUUAAAAUUAAAUUUUGGUAACAGUGUUAAUGACACAAGUAGUUUAAAUUCCAAAAUAUUGGAUAAAAAUGUUUUCGAUAAAAUCUUCUUAAAAUUAAUUCAGUCUGUGAACGUAGAGAACCAAUCAUUAUUAAAAAAUAAUCCUUCGCAGACAAACGUAAUCCAAACUCUACAAUCAAUGGACAAUAUUACCAACAUUGAGGAAGAUAAUGUUAUUAUCAAGGACUCGGCAAAUUCUAUUUUUAAUCCCCAUAGCAUUAAUGUGAACAAGAACAAUAAUGAAAGAAUCAAUAAUAGAGUUUGGAGUAAAGAUAUGGAGUCUGAGAUUAUUACACUUUUACAAUACAUUGGACAGUUUAAUCAUUUCGAUCCUUACUUAAUUCAAGUAUAUUUACAAAAUAUUGAAACUAUCAAUGUCUCAUUAUCAUUCCAAAAUUCGGCUUUAUGGAUGAUUCUAAAUUUGUUACCCAAUAAUAUUGGAAAUAUGAGUAAGGAAUACAAUAAUAAUAACCAUUUAUUACACUCAACUAAUUUUAUUGACUCUUACCUUACAUUUGAUGAAGAUAAUAAUGGCGGUGAUUUUACUUCCAAUAAUAUAGAUUUACAAGCUAAUAUCGAGGACUCUUGCCUAGUUUUGUUAGAGUAUUCAAUAAACUUAUUACAACAAGAAGAAAUAAUUAAUAAUUUUAAUGUUUUAUCAUACGAACAAGAAAGAUUAAUCUCUAUAGUUAUACAAAUAAUUGAACGUAGUUGUAUAUUGAUGGGAUCAAAUUUUGAAAGUGAAUUAAUUGAUUAUCUUUACCUUGUUGUUAGCCAUUUAUCUUCAUCCUCACCCAUGAUCAAAUUCCAUGCAUCUUCAUGUAUCAAUACAUUAUCCAAAAUACUGUAUCAAGGAUCAAUACAUGAUCUUAUUGUUAGUAAUGUGGAUUAUCUAAUUGAAUCCAUUUCUCAAAGAUUAAACAUAGGAAUGACAAAUCAUGUGACUACAGUGUUAAUGAUGAUCUGUAAGAUGACAGGUUAUGACAUUAUUUUAUCAUUUAAUGAUAUCUUAGAGACCAUAUUUCAAAUAUUAGACUAUUAUCAUGGUUAUCAAGAAUUAUGUUUACAAAUAUUCCAAUUAUUUGAAGUCAUAGUUAAUGAAAUGAACAAAAAAUAUUUAUCUAAUAAUGAAUCAAACUUAAAAUUGGAUUCGAAUCAUCUAAAUAAUAAUCCUUUUAAACCAUGGGGAUGUACUAAUGAAUCACAAUUGUUUUCCUUAUUAAAGGAAGCCUUGCCGUUACACAACAAUAAUAAUAAAGAUAACAUUAGCAGAACUGAUAAAGAUCUACCAUUUGAUCCAAAUGAACCAAAAUCCUUCCAAGAAUAUUUUGAAUCGAGAUUGAAAAUACAAGAAAUUGAUGAAAAACAAAAUAGUGGUGAAAAUGGUGAUGACAGCGACGAUGAAGAAGGCGCCAUUGAUAGUGCAAAUAAAAGUGAUGAAGAAAAUGAAUGGGUAUCACCAAUACCAAGACAAUCAUAUAGAUUAUUGAUUCAAAUCCUUCAAUAUGGAGAUCGGCUAUUAACUCAUAAUUCUAAACCUCUAAGGAUUCAAAUAUUAAAAGUAAUGAAACUGACAAUCCCAAUGUUAUCAACUCAAUAUGAUUCUUUACUUCCUCAAGUGGCGCAAGUAUGGGACUCGGUGACUCAAUGUUUAUUUGAUAAAGAUUAUUCUAUCAUAAAUUCUGCCUCAUUGACCACAGAAAUUAUAAUCACAUUUUCUCAAGAUUUUAUUUCAAGGAGAUUCAUUGAAUUAUGGGACCGUUUAAAGAUACAGUGCCCAUUAUUACUGAUGAAAGAAAUUAACAUAAAUCGUAAUACGGCAAUAUCUAAUUUUGCUAGAACACAAAAACAAGUAGGAGAGCGAAUCCAGUUCCCUACUAUGACAAAAGCUGCAUUAAUUUCGAUGUCAAAUAUGCUAUUAAAGGGCGUAUCCUUGACUGAGUAUACUUUGGGUGAAUUAAAUAUAAAAGAUAUAAUCACUUGUUGUUUAUCCGUGAUCCCACCAGAUAUAAUCAAAACAAGAUCGACAUUACUUGGCGAUAUCAUCUGCAUGAUCCAGAAUCAAACAUAA